GAAAGUGUUCGUCCGGGCAAGUGCGGCCGGCGAGAAACGAUGGCGGCUUCGAGGAACCUGUGGAUACCGGUGGCCGGUUUGGUGGUGGUACUGUUGGCUGUACUGACCGGCCCGGUCGGUAGCUAUUCGCCGUUCAAGAAGAACAACCAGCAUGGUUCGUUUACCCGAACGGGCGGACCACCGAACGGUGCGACUGGCCAGCGGGAGCGGGAGCGCGAGCGAGAGCAGGAACGACUGGCCAGCCCGUACGUGGCUCCGUUGGCCGGGCUGGAGGGUACCGGGAAGCGGAUGGCCAACGACUUCCUCGAGGACCUGGGCAAGAGCGCGUUCGAUACGGUGUACCACUGGAAGGUAAUCGAUUUCAUGUAUCCGUCGCUCCAGCUGCGCAAUAAUGCGAUUCGUACGCGUGAGUUUAUUCCGGAAAAUAACCUCCCGCUCGGAGUGGAUCGGUUCCGAGACCGGCUGUUCGUGACGACACCCCGCUGGAACCCGGGUGUACCGGCGACGCUGUCUUAUUUGCCACUGCCGGCCCAGGAUCGAAGCCACCCGCUGAUGCCGUACCCGGACUGGAGCUACCACACGUCACCGCGCAAUCCCGACUGCUCCAAGAUGAUGUCCGUCUAUCGUAUCCAGGUGGACGAAUGUGACCGCCUGUGGGUGCUGGAUGCGGGCGUCACGGACACCCUGACCAACCUGCAGCAAGUCUGCCCGCCGAAGAUCAUGGCGUUUGACAUGCAGAACGACGAGCUGCUGUUCACCUACGUCCUGCCGCCGGAGCAGAUUAAGGAGGACUCGCUGCACACCAACAUCGUGGUGGACGUGCGCGAGGGACAGUGUGAGGACGCCUUCGCGUACGUGGCCGACGUGUGGCGCAACGGUAUUACCGUGUUUGAUCUGCGGAAGUUCAAGAGCUGGCGCACGACGAACCACCUCUACAACCCGAACCCGAUUGCCAGCGACUACAACUACCAGGAGUUGAACUUCCAGUGGUCGGACGGUGUGUUCGGAAUGUCGCUCGCGCCCGUCCACCGAUCCGGCGACCGGAUGCUACUGUUCCACCCGAUGUCCAGCUUCAUGGAGUUCCAGGUACCCGCCUCGAUUCUGCAGAACGAAACCGUCUGGGAGGGCUUCGGGCUGGCGGCUAAGGCAUUCCAGCCGGUCGGAACGCGCGGUCGCCUCGGCCAGUCGUCCACCUCGGGCGUGGCGAAGAACAACGUGCAGUUCUUUACGCUCGUGCAGCAAUCGGGCGUUGGCUGCUGGGAUCUGAACAAGCCGUACAACCGCAACAACCUCGGCGUGGUGGAGAAGAACGCCCAAAAGCUGACCUUCCCGAACGACCUCAAGCUGGACCGCGAGCUGCAGCAGUCGGUGUGGGUGAUGAGCAACAAGCUGCCGGUGUUCCUCUACGACAAGCUCGACUACACCCAGACCAACUUCCGCGUGCUGAUGGCCGACGCCCGGAAGGCCAUCGAGGGCACCGUGUGCGAUCCGAGGGUGCCACCGAGUUUGGCCUUCGAUGCCGCGCAGCUGGAGUGCGAGCUGCAAGUUUAGCGACACUACCAAGCCGCGGCCCUUUCCGCUCGCCACUCAAACCACCGGAAGGUCCAAGAUCUAUUGCUAAGUGUUUUUACCCCCUAUAGUAUAGUGACAACAAAGGAGAAAACUUUAACUCGCAGCAAUCAUCUUAUGGACCGAACCAAUGUACUUCCGACCUCAGACCACCAGUGAUGAUGCGGGGUUGUGUCACAUAUUCCCAUGAAUUACUGUAAUAAACUCCUCUAUGAAAGAUU